CAGCGCCAGGCUCGAGACAUGUCCUGCUCUGAGAAGUGCCAGCAGUGCCAGCCCUGCAACCCUUGCUGCCAGCCCUGCGGCCCCUGCCCGCUGGCCAGCAGCUGCACUGAGUGCUGUGUCAGGCAGUGCCAGAGCUCCCACGUUGUCAUUCAGCCGCCUGCUGUGCUGGUGACCCUGCCCGGCCCCAUCCUCAGCUCCUCCCCACAGAACACCGCCGUGGGAUCCUCCACCUCCGCUGCUGUUGGCAGCAUCCUCAGCUCUGAGGGAGUGCCCAUCAGCUCUGGGGGCUUUGACAUCUCCUGCAUCACCAACUGCUGUGGUGGCAGCAGAUGCUGUCGUCCCUGCUAAACAUGCUGAUGCCAACAUCCUCAGGCAAGAACCUCCACAACCUCAG